AUGGCCAGGUGUUUCCCUUUCUCUUCAUUUGUGAGCCAGAGCACCCCUACUGUCUCUCCAAAGCCCUCUUCAGCACCGGUGAUCAAAGAGGAAGCCCCGGGACCUUCAGCCAUCUGGAUAUCUCCUGGUUCACCUCUGAGGAUUCAAAGCCGAAAGAGGAAACGUUCUGAUUGGAUACCUACAGGAACCCAGGAUAGGUGGGCUGUAAAGGGCAUGUUUGGUCUCAAAAUGCAGUUGAAGAGACGCAGGGUGUCCACAGUGCGGCCUGAGGAUUACAAGGCCUUUAAUAGGCUGCUAGGGGAUCCUGUUGUCCAGAACUUCCUGGCCUGGGACAGAAAACUUCGGGUGUCAGACAAGUAUCUCUUAGCAAUGAUCAUAGCCUACUUUGCUCGGGCUGGCCGACCUUCCUGGCAGUACCAACGCCUCCAUUUCUUCCUGGCUUUAUAUCUGGCCAAUGACAUGGAGGAAGAUUGCCAAGGGCCGAAGCAUGGAAUGUUUGUCUUUCUCUAUGGCCAGGACCGCACCCAGCGUGCUAAGUUCCAGUGGCUUCGGGCCCAGCUCUUCCGGGCCAUUGGUUGGAAGGCAUGGGUUACAAGGGAGGAAUGUGAGGAGAUUCAGGCAUAUCAGCCUGGACAUUGGGUAUGGAAGCGUGAUCGCGCUCUCCUUCAAUAGAGCUCCUAUGUAAGGAGACUAAAAGCAGUGGCUGGAGGCAGGAGCAGCAGAGGAAGGUCCUCACCUGAGUGGAACAGAGAUGACAUGAGAAGAUGGUCCAUUCAGGAAUGGUUUGAAGGAGCUGUCACUCCCUCUGCUUACUGCUUCAGAGGUCCUAAUCUAGCCAACCUUAUAGCAAAACUAUCAGACCCAGUUAGGCCCAGACAGAUCUGACUAGUCAUAUAGAGACAGAUGCAUUUGGAGAAGUCAGAUACAACUAGAUCAGACUAUAAAAAUUUUUGUGUCUAGGGCAAGGCAGUAUGAUAUGCACACUUGGGUAGUGUGUGUGUGUGUGUGUGUGUGUGUGUGUGUGUGUGUGUGUGUGUGUAUUAUGUGGGCUGCAGCUGAAAAUGGGUCAUUCUUUCAAUCUUGGCACAGUGAGACAAAGCCCAGAUAUCCUGACCUAGUUAUACUUCAAACUGAGAAUCUCAAAUCAUAUACAAUCAAAAAUAGAGCAACUGAUCCAGCAUAUUCAGAGACAUAGGUAAUAUAGUAGAUAUUCACAAACAGAUCAGGCUACACAGACAUAUAUGCAGACAAACAUAAAAAGAGUCAAGCCUAGCUAUUCAGCUUGUCAGAUGUCAGUCAGAUUUAGUAAGGCAGACCUAAUUACAAACUGACAAGAAGCCAUUAUCACAUCCAGGUGGCUAGGCAGUCAGAAACAUUAGUAUAGACCCAGAAAAACACAAGUAUAUCUAGUAAUAGCCAGAAAGAUAUGCUUAGUCACAGAUAAAUAGAACACAUAUGAGUUAAAGGAGAGAUGAUUUAUGGGUUAUGUAUAAGAUUUAAUAAGACUUGCUUCAAUAAUUCAAGAAUCUGGUUUUUAUUAGUGGAGGGACAGACCCCACUAAAUGCAGAUUAUAGCUUCUCUGUGCUUUGGUAGGUCAUUCCAUUACUCAGUGGAUAGGCUUUCAUUGUGAACCUUUCUAUAUUUUCCUAGGCUGAUCCUGGAACACAUAAAAUCUGGGCCUUUUCGAGGUUGAGAGUUUUGCCAGAUCUCCUAGACUUUGCCAGUAUUUGUAUUUCUUUGGCAGUCUUUUCACUAACUUCCUGUUGCCUCCAACUCAUACUGAGGCAUUGGAGAAAGACUGUGCUUGGACCUAAAUCUCUUUGUGAUCCUAAGUGUAUAUGUCAGAGCUUAUAUGAUUUUUGGAGGAGAUUUGAUAUAGGCAGUUAGGGAUACCAAAGCUGAUAGGGCCCAGGGGUCCUCAAACUACGGCCGCGGGCCAGAUGCGGCAGCUGAGGACGAUUA